ACUUCAUCGAUCAUCAUAUCAUUACAUCCAAAUCAUACAUCACCAAACAUGGCAGACACGAAGCAAGCAUCGGCACCGCUCAACGGAGCCUACUACGGCCCAUCCAUUCCUCCCCAACAGUCGUACCACUCCCACGGCCGCCGCUCCGGCUGCGGCUGCUGCGGCUGCCUCUUCUCCUGCCUCCUCAAGAUCAUCGUCACCAUCGUCGUCAUCCUCGGUGUGGCCGCCCUCGUCUUCUGGCUCGUCGUCCGCCCCAACAAGAUCAAGGUCCACCUCACCGACGCCACCCUCACCCAGUUCAACCACACCCCCAACUCCGACAACAACCUGCUGCGCUACAACCUCGCGCUGAACGUCACCGUUCGCAACCCAAACAAGCGCAUCGGCAUCUACUACGACUCCAUCGAGGCUCGGGCCUUCUACCGCGGCCAGCGCUUCGCCUCCGUACCUCUGGGCCCCUUCUACCAGGGCCACAAGAACACGAGCGUGCUGAGCGCGUCCAUGCAGGGGCAGAACGUCAUCGUUUUGAGGGGCGGCGACCUGGCCGACUUCAACCGGGAGAGCGCUGAGGGGGUCUAUACUGUUGAUGUCAGGUUCUAUCUGAGGAUUCGGUUCAAGUUUGGAAAGAUUAAGACCGGAAGGAUCAAGCCCAGGAUUGAGUGCGAGAUGAGGCUUCGCCCCAAUGGCGGCGGCUUGGUCCCUGAUCGUGAUAAUGAAUGCGAGUUUGAGCGGAUCUGGUUCAGGUGAUUAUAUUCACAUAUAUAUAUAUAUAUAUACAUAGAUGAGAUUUAUGGCAGGCAGCCUCUUUCUGUUUUGAAUAUCUUUUUCUUUCAUUUUUUCCGCCAUACUUUACACAUACAGAUAUUUUAUGUUCAUGUCCAUGUCCAUGUGAUCUAUUCACCAUUUACUUCAUUGUGGUUAACUUUUCUCUAAGUUAGUUUUGCUCCCAGCUGCCUCUGUAUCUAUGGGUGCCGUAUGUUUGUUUAUAAAUAAAAUGAAUUUCUGAGUUUUGA